AUGAGCACGCAAGACUGGGAUCUGCUGUCCUCGUACGCCGGCCUGCUCACCCUCGCGUGCGGUUCUAUUUAUUGCGGGGCGUACGGCUCGUUGCCGAAUCCUAAACCCGCUCCGGGAAGCGCACGUAAAGAAGACGAUGAGGAUGACGAGGAGGUGGUGGAACGCAUGUCCUCAGGAGACGCAUGGAUGUUCCCUGUAAUUGGCUCUGCGACAUUAUUCAGUUUAUAUGUUGUUGUAAAAUACCUGGGACCAGAGUGGAUUAAUUGGCUUUUGGGUUGGUAUUUCUCGCUGGCCGGCGUUGCCAGCGUUUGGAAGUCAUCAAUUUCUAUUGUACGAACGGUCGUAGGGGAAGAGAAAUGGAAAUCAUUCAAGCUCACAAAAGUAGGGCUGAAAUGGAGGGGAAAUUGGUGGUACUCUAUGUCCUUAAGGACGCCGGCCAUAUACCUGAUGCCCUUCGCCGCGAUCCCAUCUAUCCUUUACUCCUUCACCGGCGAUGCUAAGAAAUCUGCACUACUCACCAACCUUCUUUCGUUAUCCUUCUGCCACACCACCCUCUCGCUCCUUAAGCUCGACUCGUUCAAUACUGGAUGCAUCCUUCUAUCCGGAUUGUUCUUUUACGACAUCUGGUGGGUGUUCGGAACAGAAGUGAUGGUUAAAGUGGCGACGAGCCUUGACGUCCCCAUCAAGCUCCUAUGGCCGAAGUCCCUGGAAUUUGCUACCACGCGUGGCUUCACCAUGCUUGGGCUUGGAGACAUCGUCAUUCCCGGCUGCUUCGUAGCUCUAGGGUUGCGUUACGAUUACUUCCGCUCAACGCAAGGCACACGAUCCUUCCCCAAGCCUUACUUCCACGCUACAUUGAUCGCGUACGCUUUUGGACUCAUCGCCACAAUGGCUGUAAUGCACACGUUUGGCAAGGCCCAACCUGCCCUUCUCUAUUUGAGCCCGUCUUGCAUCUUGUCCUUCUUCAUCACGGCUGUCGCGAAGGGGGAGCUGACUGAAGCUUGGAAGUGGAGUGAAGAGCCGAAGGAAGAGGCUGCGGAAGGUGCUGCGAAAGAGAAUGGCCACACGAAGAGCGAGUGA